GUAUGAGACCAUCUAAAUUCUUAAUCACACCAAGAAGGCUGGAGAAAUUGUGGCAUUUUCAUCUCUCACUUCUUACCAGGAUCUCAACUACACCAUUCUUUCUCAUCAACCUUAAUGUACAAGCCAUCUCUUAAAUCCCCAACCUUCUAGCUACAACCCACCAUAAUCCUUUUCAUAGAACACAAGUAUGGAAGAAGCUUCCCAAGUGUCAAAUUUGUUCUUCUCCCCCCCCAUAGCUGGGCUUCACAUGUUCAUUGCACUUGCUAUAGUAAUCUUUUCAUGGCUGUUGAUCCAGAGAUUUAACCAAAGGAAUAAAAAGGGACCGAAAACUUGGCCGAUCAUUGGUGCGACCAUCGAGCAACUGAAGAACUACGAUAGGAUGCAUGAUUGGCUCGCAGAGUACUUAGCAAAAUCGAAGACUAUUACAGUUUCCAUGCCAUCCACAACUUACACAUACAUAGCAGACCCAGCAAACGUAGAGCAUGUCCUCAAGACUAACUUCACCAACUAUCCUAAGGGUGAGUUAUAUCGAUCUUAUAUGGACGUUUUGCUCGGCGACGGGAUCUUUAACGCCGAUGGCGAGUUGUGGAGGAAGCAAAGAAAGACAGCAAGCUUCGAGUUUGCUUCGAAGAACUUGAGGGACUUCAGUGCGAAUGUGUUCAGAGAGUAUGCUUUAAAGCUCUCUGACAUAUUAUGUGAAGCAUCAACAGAUAAUCGAGUUAUAGACAUGCAGGACCUCUUUAUGAGGAUGACACUGGAUUCUAUAUGUAAGGUAGGGUUCGGAGUAGAGAUAGGGACAUUGUCACCCGACCUGCCUGAUAAUAGCUUUGCUCAGGCUUUUGAUGCAGCUAAUAUGAUUGUGACACUUCGAUUCAUCGACCCAUUGUGGAGGAUGAAGAGAUUUCUCCAUAUAGGAUCAGAAGCCCUUCUUGCACAGAGCAUCAAAGUAGUCGACGAGUUCACAUAUCGGAUGAUUCGAAAGAGAAAAGAAGAGAUCGAGCAAGCUCGAGCUUGUGGGAUCAAAGAUAAGAUCAAGCAUGACAUACUGUCGAGAUUCAUCGAGCUUGGGGACGACCCGGAGAGUAGUUUUAGCAAUGACAAGAGCCUAAGAGAUGUGGUACUCAACUUCGUAAUUGCCGGCAGAGAUACAACAGCAACAACCCUCUCUUGGUUUAUCUACAUGAUUGUGACUCACCCCACGGUAGCUGAGAAGCUCUACGAUGAGCUAAAGGCAUUCGAGAAAGAAAGAGCAAAUGAAGAGAAAAUACAAGUAGUUUCAUAUGAUGUAAAUGACCCAAAAUCCUUUAGGGAUAGGAUUUCAUCUUUUGCAAGGCUCCUCAACUAUGAUAGCUUAGGGAGAUUGGUCUACUUGCAUGCGUGCAUCACCGAGACGCUUCGACUCUAUCCUGCAGUUCCUCAGGACCCAAAAGGCAUAUUGGAAGAUGAUGUUCUCCCUGAUGGAACCAAAUUGAGAGCUGGUGGGAUGGUCACUUAUGUCCCCUACUCAAUGGGGAGGAUGGAGUACAACUGGGGCCCUGAUGCUACAUCUUUUAGGCCCGAGAGAUGGUUCAAUGACGGCGCACUUCAAAUCGUGUCGCCAUUCAAAUUCACAGCUUUCCAGGCCGGUCCUCGGAUAUGUUUGGGCAAGGAUUCUGCAUAUCUCCAGAUGAAGAUGACACUUGCUAUACUCUGUAGGUUCUAUAAGUUCAUGUUGGUGCCAAAUCAUCCAGUUAAGUAUAGGAUGAUGACAAUACUCUCCAUGGCUCAUGGGUUAAAGCUCCAUGUUUCUAGAUCAAUGUAAUUAUUAACUUCUUUUCGGUAAAAAUUUGCCUCCUACAAUGUUGAUU